AAAAUCGAAAGCUGAUUAAGGCAAAACCAGGGUACAGAUUAAAGUAGUUUAAAUAGUUUAAAGCCACUGGCUUUUCAGUAGCUUUUUACUUUAAAAGAUUUGAAAUAGUCGUUUUUCGGGACUCUUGGAUACCGUGCAAAAUGGAUCUGAGGUCGCCAAUUACAGGAAAGAUCAUGCCGGACCGAGGUCGGUAUAACAGCAUUAGUGAGCGUGGUCGGCUCAGUGUAGCCUCUAACUAUAGUAUGAGCACAUCCAUGGACCUUACUUACAGAGAUUACUUUGGACCGCCAAACUACACCCCUUUUGACGAAAGUAUGAUUGAGCUGGACUUCAUCAAAGUUAGAACGAAAACUCAAAUUAAGAAACUUAAUUCCUUAAAAAUCCGUUACAUGGAAUGGUUCCAGAGAAAAUUUAAAUCAUUUCUUGAAGGUAUUAAACUUACACAAAUUUUAGCGGGAAAACUUUUACCCUCUGAAAUUCAAACAAUGAAAGACUUCAAGAAAAUUCAAGACAUGUCGCGCAGGUUUCCGCGCAACGGUACACCACGUGACACAAAUCCCGCCAAAAUGGAUGAAUACUCUAUGUUCUGGACGGAAAUGUUAGAUCUCAAAGAGGAAACAGACGAUAUUUACGAAGCGUUAUGUAAAUAUUGUGAAGGUGUUACUAGACUCCGACAGCCUUUCAUUAAAGAUGAAAUAGACAGACUCAAAGUCGUCCUUGAUGAAGCCUUUUCUGAGGAGUUUGUUUUCACAGACGUCAAAAACGAAAGAGAUAAUCUAUUUGUGUACAAAGUUGCCCCAACAGACUAUAAAUAUCACGGAAUUAUGGGAUAUAUUCCCUAUCUAUUGACCAUUUCAAAGAAAUUGAUGGCUUGGAUUACAAAAGUUCAUUUAGAAAAGGAAUAGAUCAUUAUAUCGCAGUGUUCAGUCGUCAUUAUGUAUAUUAUAUGCCAUGACGUAAUCGUCAUCAAAACCAAAAUGACAGGGCAAACUUUUAGAGUAACCUUUUACAUGUGUCAAAGACCUCUGUUGAGCAUUUAAAUACACAAAAGUUGUAUCUUUUAAAGAUUUCUUACGUUUUCAUACUUGACCUGUACUGGAGUUAAGAGGUUUCCAAUGGAACAACUCUAUAAAGAAAAGGACACAGCUUUUAAGUAUAAAGAGAUGUUUUGAUUAACAGUUAUUUUUAGAAAGAAAGAGCUGUGUCUUAUUUCAAGAGCUUUUGUUAAGUCUAUAAAAUUCAGGUCAUAUCUUUCUAAAACAUUAUUCGUUUCUCAAAUAUUUUUCUUAAAACAAUUUUAUCAAUCAUUCAAAAUCGCCUUGUUCAUGUAGAUGUAUAUACUCAUCAGUCACAUAUUUAUUUAAAGUGAAUAAAUCAUCACUUGUCUU